UGCGCAUGUAACUAUUAGUCAAUCGUACGAUAGCCCAAGGUUACCCUAAUAGAAGUCAUUACUGUCGUGCUCGAAGGUGGCGUGUUCGACAGGUCGCGAUACUUAAGCGCUCGGAGCGACUCAGACCCAAGCGCAUUUGCCGUUAGAAACAUCAAGCGCGAUCGCGGCCUCGGGAAAUGGCGAUUUUACGAGUAGAUACCAAAUUCAUCAUUGUCGGAGGAGGAGGUACCAUCGGAUCGUCAACAGCACUGCAUUUGCUCCGGUAUGGAUACACACCUUCGAACAUCACCGUUCUCGACACAUACGAGAUUCCAUCUGCUCAAUCAGCUGGAAAUGAUCUCAACAAAAUCAUGGGCAUCCGCCUACGGAACAAGGUUGAUGUGCAACUGAGUCUGGAAGCGCGAGAUAUGUGGAAGAACGACGAUUUGUUCAAGGCCUUCUUCCACAAUACCGGCCGUCUCGAUUGUGAACAUACAGAGGAAGGCAUCAGAGAUUUGCGCAAGCAGUAUCAGACACUGCUCGAUGCAGGCGUAGGACUCGAAAAGACUAACGAGUGGUUGGAGACCGAAGACCAAAUCCUGGAAAAGGCUCCUCAACUCGAGCGUGAGAAGAUCAAAGGCUGGAAAGCCAUUUUCAGUGAAGAUGGAGGCUGGCUAGCAGCAGCCAAAGCCAUCAGAGCCAUCGGCUUGUAUCUGAAAGAGCAAGGUGUUAAUUUCGGGUUCGGUGGUGCUGGAUCAUUCAAAAAACCACUAUUCGCGGAAGACAGUGCAACUUGCAUUGGUGUAGAAACGGCUGACGGUACGCAAUACUACGCCGACAAGGUCGUACUCGCCGCGGGAGCCUGGAGUUCCGUACUGGUGGAUCUUGACGACCAGUGUGUAUCGAAAGCUUGGGUAUAUGCUCACAUGCGCCUGACACCUCAAGAGGUGGCCGAAUAUAAGAAUGCGCCGGUUGUGUAUAAUGGGGACGUGGGUUUCUUCUUCGAGCCAGACGAGUACGGUGUGAUCAAAGUUUGCGAUGAAUUCCCUGGAUUCACCCGGUUUAAGGAGCAUCAGCCUUAUGGUGCAAAGGCUCCAAGACAAAUCUCCGUUCCUAGGUCUCAUGCAAAACAUCCGACAGACACCUAUCCAGAUGCUUCCGAGAAGAGUAUCCGGAGAGCCAUCGACACCUUCCUCCCCCGGUUCAAGAACAAGAAAUUGUUCAACCGAUCACUAUGUUGGUGCACAGAUACCGCGGAUGCUGCAUUGCUGAUAUGCGAACAUCCGAAAUGGAAGAACCUGAUUAUGGCCACUGGUGAUAGUGGUCACACAUUCAAACUCCUACCCAACAUUGGGAAGCAUGUUGUAGAGUUGGUGGAGGGCGACUUGGCGGAAGAUCUCGCAAAUGCUUGGAGAUGGCGUCCAGGUGGAGAUGCGUUGAAGUCGAGGCGGGCAGCGCCGGCGAAGGACCUGGCGGAUAUGCCGGGGUGGAAGCACGAUACCCCAAAACCGAAGUUGUAGAUGUAGGUUAUGUGGGGGAAGGCAGAAGCGAACUGAAGUCACCCAAGGCAGCAGGAGGCCGGUGGCUAAGUGCAGUAGCGUACCUGUAGGUAGUGACUGCCGGGUUUAAGACAACGCAUGGAAAGCACGUAAAGUAUACAUCAGCGCAAUU